AACCGAAUGGUUCAGGAUGAGGUUUUUGAUCUUUUACGAGUAAGAAAUCCUUUCUUUAUAUUUGAGAAAGCGGGUCAGUUAGAGUUGUUUGCCGACCGUGCCAUGUUUAUUGGUACCCAACCGGCCGAAGGCGAGGAUUACAGUAGAACGAAAGCUGAAGCCAAAGAUCCACUAGUAUUUUCUCAUGAAUUAGGUUUAGUUUUAAAAAGGAGAUAUUCCACAGUUACUAACCGGGAUAUUGAGAAAAUGGCUUUGGAAACUCCGGAUAAAUUAGCCGAGUUGUUCGCCCAAAUUAUUAAAGAUAUUAGUAAUCGAGCCCACUAUGAAUUAUUAACUAAAUGUGUGCAAUUGGUCUGCACUGAUAAAAAUUAUCGUAAUCAUAAUGAUGAUAAUGACACGGCUUUAAUUAAAAGGUCAAUUGAAGAGUAUAAAAAACCUGCUCAAGUAUUGAG